AGGCAGCUCCUGUUCUCAUGACAACCGAAGCAUCAACAACAAGAACUCUGACACAGGAGACACUGCCCUCAACUACUGCUGAUCCAAGACCCAAUGAUUGCUGGGACCAUUUCCUGAAUGGGCAAAGAUCAAACGGUAUCUACACCAUCUUUGUCCAAGGCAAGACAGUGGGAGUUGACGUGUACUGUCAUAUGGACAGUCAAUCUAGUAUUGGCGGAGGAUGGACGGUACGAUAGUUUUCAUGUAUCUGACGAGAAGGACAAUUACACCUUGACGAUUGGUACAUUUACCGGUAGAACAGCAGCAGGUGACUCGAUGGUAGAGCACAAUGGAAUGCCAUGGUCAACGUAUGACAAUGACAACGACAAUGCCGAGGGCAACUGUGCAGAGAUCUACCAUGGAGCUUGGUGGUACAACGAUUGCCAAACCUCCAACUUAAACGGGCCCUAUCGGAGUUACAGAAACCUGGGUAGCAAUGAAAAAGGGAUAACUUGGGACAGUUGGACUGGAACUGAUGAGUCAUUGGGAGAUGUGGACAUGAAAAUAAGACCUCUGCGUGCUGCUCUUCCGAAACCCAAGGAUUGCUGGGACCAUUUCCAGAAUGGGCAAAGAUCAAACGGUAUCUACACCAUUUAUGUCCAAGGCAAGACAGUGGGAGUUGACGUGUACUGUCAUAUGGACAGUCAAUCCUUUAGUGGCGGCGGAUGGACGAUACUUCAGAACCGAGAUAGCGGCAACGUUGGGUUUUAUCGUGACUGGACCGAGUACAAAACUGGAUUUGGGAAUCUGAACGGGGAGUUUUGGUUGGGAUUGGACAAUAUUCAUCUUUUGACGAGCCAAGAUGACUAUCAGCUUCGAGUAGUGCUUGCGUUCGAUAAUAGUGACUGGACUUAUGCUGUGUACGAUAGUUUUCAUGUAUCUGACGAGAAGGACAAUUACACCUUGACGAUUGGUACAUUUACCGGUAGAACAGCAGCAGGUGACUCGAUGAUAGAGCACAAUGGAAUGCCAUGGUCAACGUAUGACAAUGACAACGACAAUGCCAAUGGCAACUGUGCAGAGAUCUACCAUGGAGCUUGGUGGUACAACGAUUGCCAAACCUCCAACUUAAACGGGCCCUAUCGGAAUUACAGAAACCUGGGUAUCAAUGAAAAAGGAAUAACUUGGGAAAGUUGGACUGGAGUUGAUGAGUCAUUGAGAGAUGUGGACAUGAAAAUAAGACCUCUGCGUGCUGGUAAUUAACAGAAAACACAGGUUCACAGAGAAAACAAACAGUGUCACGUUUGGUCACAAUUCAAGUUGUAGAAUAUU